CGUAUAGUAGAGUAUAGGUUCUCUCCUUCGUCGACUCUAUACAAGCUUUGUAUUCCUUUACUAGUUCAAUGCUCAAUGCUUACCUCUCAGACCGUCAGAACUCGUUCGACCAACAACUUCACGCUAGUUCGCGUUGGUGAAAAAAUUAUGUGAAUAAAAAAAAAAACAAAAAAAAAAAAAAAUACGAAAAAAAAAGAAUUAAUAUUCGUUACCAAGAAUAAUAAAGUGAAUAUUGCUGAAUCAGCAGCGCAGGUUGUCAAAGUAAAAAGGAUAAACUUUUCAAAGGAAUUCUGUCGCCAUUUUUUUUUUUUUUUUAUUUCACUCUCCCAACCACAACGAGGACGACCGACGAAAUAUAAUAAUCCAAGACAACCGAACACGCCACCAGAAUGGAUGAAGACCGCGAAGAAGAUAGAGUAUGAGAUUAAAUGGGGCUUUAAAGCCCCACGGAGCUCCAGGCAUUGGACGCUCCAUUGGUGCUAAAAAAUAUCGUGAUAAGCGACCGCAACUACAAAGCAAAGCAUAUUGCGAACCCAACAACAACAACAACAAGUUAAUCGCUAUUAGUAGUUAUCAAAGCAAUAACAACAAUAACAUCACAACACUACCAACCGCAGCAACAGCAGCAGCCGUAGAAGUAGUAGCAACUAAUUUUAAGCGCACGCAAGGAUAUUUCAAUCCUUAUUCAACCGAUAAGCCCGACGUUUUUAUCAAUAAGCAACCUAAUACCACUUUAAAGAGCAGCGGUGUAACUCCAUCAGCUAAAAUGGCUACAAUUGGCAUGAGGAGCAAGCAGCAGCAGCAGCAGCAGCGGUCAUCAACAACAACUACAACUGCAACCGCAAAAGGACGUGUACGAGGACGACGAGGAAAACGAGGUGUGGCGCCCUCUGCGGUAGACGAUGACGCUGCCGCUGCUGGUAAGGAACAUGAGCGCCGCCCAAUGCGUGUCCCACAAUCAUUAUUGGCCAGCUUAGGCAGCUUGUCCACGCUCGUUCUUUGCUUAGUGUAUGUUGGUAUUUUGUUGCCGAGUCAUGUCAUAGGCGACGAGGAUAAUGGCUUUUUCCUUAAUACCUUCAGCAUGGGACCAGAGACAACAACUCCAGAAUUCGAUUACGUUAGCCGUGGAAAAAAGAAAUUCGGAGACAAGUGCGAAAAUACACUUGAAUGCGGAUUCCCUGGAUCGAUAUGUGACCCCAAAAAGAAGUCCUGCCAGUGUGUUGAAGAAUUACCUGUCACCAAUCACAUUGAUAAAUGUGGCAAGGAGGCUGCCGUCAACGAGUCCUGCUUCUUCAACGAGCAAUGCGAAUCGCAAAAUUUCCAAACCGAAUGCCGCGAUGGUCGAUGUGUGUGUCGUUUCGAAAUGGUGCCGAUUCUCAACAAGGAAGGCGUAUUCGAAUGCACAGCUGGCACCAACAACAAACAGAGGAACGAGACCUACGUUGACCCGGCUAUGAUUGGCGUUCUGGUAGGAAUGGCAUUGAUGUUUAUUAUAAUUUGUGUCGUCCUCCGAUUAUUUAGCCAAGCUAGAUGGCGUGAGAAUCGCACCAUCUUUAAUACCCCUAAUCCACGGUUAAUGAAUGUGUCACUAUUGCGUGACAGUAAAUUGUUGCAUGGACAAGAACGCCGCGGUUCCAGAAUGUCGGUUAGGGCACCGUCACGUCAGCCCAGCAUGGCAUCGCUGCGUCCACACUCACCCAAUCCGUCGUUAGGUAAGACAGGUCGAAUGACACGUUCGAAAAGUAAUACCCGUUCAAGUGAUUCACGCACGAGCGAUGCAUCCAAUUGUUCAAAAUUACUUCUUGAACACUCGCAUUCACAUUCGCAUUCUCAUUCGCAUCCGCAUACGCAUAUCGUUCCGUCAACAAGUGCUGCCAACGCCGUCACCACCACCAACGCUGGUGCUGCCGGAGUCGGUCUAACCUCACCAGGUUCAAUAAGUCCAGCAAUAAGUGGUGCAUCAGCUCUACCAACAUCACCUGUAAUUGGCCUUAAUCAAGCUCGAACAAAUAAAUUCUGAAAUCGGGUGAAGAAGAAUCAAAGAAAAAUUUCAUUUGAUUUAAAGGAUCACGAUCUGGAAGUGGAAGCAAUGCAUCGGCAACAUCUAUCCGAUCAACUCGCAGCAACUCUGUAGCUCCUGGUGGUGCAAUUAAUCAUGAUAGGAAAAGUUCUUCAGCUGCU